CUCGUAUCAGCAAUAAUCUCAAUAAAUCACUCAGAUCUCUUCAAACUACUCUGAGGACAUCUGACACUUGACACUUGACAGUGGACACUUCGUAUUUACACACAGUGCAGACAUGCCUUCAAUGGGAUUAGAGAUUCUUGGAGUGGCCCUGGCUUUCCUUGGAUGGAUCUUUGCCAUUGCGUCUUGCGUUUUGCCCAUGUGGAAAGUAACAGCUUUUAUUCAAAGUAAUAUCAUCACUACUGAGACGAGCUGGGAGGGCAUCUGGAUGGAGUGCCGAAUCCAGAGCACAGGUUACAUGGGGUGUAAAAUUCAUUACUCCAUGUUGGAUCUAAGUCCUGAGCUUCAGGCCGCGCGUGCCCUUACUAUCCUCUCCAUUCUUUUGGGAAUUGUGGGGCUUUUUGCAGCCUUUGUGGGAGCAAAGUGUACCAACUGUGUGGAUGAAAAGGCAACCAAGGCUCAAGUGAUGAUUGUUGCUGGUGUGAACUUUAUCCUGGCAUCUCUGAGCCAGAUGAUACCCGUGUCAUGGUUUGCCCACAAUAUCAUGAUGGACUUCCACAAUUCAACGGGAUCGGGGGAGAAGAAAGACUUCGGUGCAGCUUUGUACCUGGGCUGGGCAGCAGCUGCUUUUCUUCUCAUAGGAGGGGCCAUCCUCUUGUGCAGCCGGCCCCAGAAGCCUCAGAAAAAGCAUGGGCCUCCAUCAACGGUAUACGCUCAACCUAAGUCCGUCGUCCCCAGUGACUAUGACAGGAAAGACUACGUCUGAAAAAAACAUCUGCUCUUUUAUCACAUCUUUGCCAUCAUGGUUGAGGAGAAGAGCCAUUUCUUAGAAAUUGGUAUCGCUCUGCUUUCAUGUUCAGAAGGAAAUUCCAUAUUCUGUCUUGGUAUAUUGUCAUGUCCUACAUUUUAAGUGCAGACAUGUUGCUGUUGGAGAUUAACAACUUUAAAGUUCUAUUAUUUGCAGUCCAAAUUUAGAGAGUUUAUUCAUUUAUAUGCCUGAAGUUUAAAUUGUGUUCAUUACGCAUUUUUAAAUACACAUAAAUGCUUUGAUUAGAAUAAGGUGUCAUUGUGUUCUGUCUGUAUCUAUCUAUAUGCUUUUUUACAUCUGUUUCUCUGGAAUAUUUUCAUGGUUUACAUGUUUUUACGCCCUUUUUAAACAAACCUCUUGUGAUGAUUUUGACUGUUGACAAUGAGCCCUCACUGUUGAAAAUGACUGAUUGCUAAGGCUUCAAGAUAAUCUAUUUAUCUGUCUAUAAAGGAUCCUGCAGUUAAUGUAAAAAAUAAUCAUUGCGUGACUAUGACUGUUUUAAGUGAUUGCAAAAAAUUUAAAUUAAAAAGUAUAAAGGGCAGGAAAAAAAGAGUGUAAGCAACAAAUACAUGAAAUUAAAUGUCAAUCAAAAUAAUCGAUGUCAGUGGAUUGUUUUUUUUUUAAGAAAUCCGAGGUGUACGAUGAUCUUUGGAUGAAUGUUACUGUCAGAUAGGGUAUGCAGUGUAAAAUAAAAUAAAUAAAAAAUAAGUGAAUGUGAAUAAGCGAACA